AUCUUUCCUGAGCCGGCUGAAAGCAGGUGGAUGUUUGAGAACACACUUGUUUAUCCUGCGGUGGCGAGGCUUGAUGACAGUGCUCCUGUGGAACUCGAUCAGUUUUAUGACGAGCUUUCACCAUCGUCAAAACUCCUUUCAAAGGUCACGCAGGUAGAGCUGCAAAACUAAACCGAGACUGGGAUUGUUGCAGGGAGAGAAACUGAACUAUAGCUACAUCUUCCAAGGAGAGUUUCUGAUACUUUUAUUUUGGGGAGUCGCUGGUAAAGUCCAAGUCCUGGGUGUCACUCACAGGAAUAAUGUUACAUUUCAGAACAGCAGCAACGUGCACCAUCGCUGAAUCACCGGAGCCUGUUCGAAGGAGUAACAUCCGAAGGGUCCGGCUGACACUGCACAGUGAUGGCAACUCGGCCUCGACAAGAGAUGAAACCAAAAGGAGGGGGAAAGCAGAAACGGAGGACAAAACGAGUGCAGGAAACCGCCAGAAAAACAAUGCAUUAUUCCAAACUGAAAAUGACAGCGCACAAUCGUUAAAACUGCAUCUUUCCAAUGGCUUGGGUUCAGAGACAUCUCCUCACAGGCGGAUGUACGGAGUGGUAAAGAGAGCAGAUGCAAAUAAGGCCGAGGUGGUUGUGUAUGAAUGGUCAGUUAACCAGCUUAAAGAGGAAAUGAGCUACAUUAAGGAGGUGAGGCAUUCGUUGGAGAAAGUCAGACAACAAAUGUUUGGUGAGUUUAAUGGAAUGAAGAAGAAAUUACAAGAACUCUCAAAUGAAGUAAAGGCAUCGGAGGCACGGCAGGAAUCACUACAGAAGGAGGUGAGGAGCAAUACUGCAGCCCUCGAGCAGUGCAGCCAGACGAAUAACUCACUGACAGCUCUGAAGGUUGACAUGCAGAGAUCUUUCCUCGAUUCGACAGUGACUGCCAACAAGAGGAGGGAGGAAAUGGAAGCACUCCGCAGGAACUAUCUCAAAUCACUGGAGGAAAUGAAAGAGAAGGAUCAGCAGAUUGAGAAUGCACAAGCUGAAAAUCAGAUUCUCAAACUCAAGAUAGAAUCUUCUCAGGAAGCCAAUGCCAGUGCAAUGCGGGAUAUGACCAGGAAGCUCUUUGAUCAAUAUGAAGCAAAACUGAAAGAGGCCAAACAACAGCACCAAGCUGAAAUGGAGGCUAUUCAGGCCCGAAUAAACCAGGCUGUCCAGGAACUGGAAGAAGCCAAUAAGAAGGCUGCAGCAGCGGAACAGCAAUUAGCAGAAAGGGACCAGAGGAUUCAAGAGCUGGACCAAUUCAUUUCUCGAAUGGAGAAGGAGCGUCACCUCUUACAGCAGAGGCUACAACAACAAGAGAGGCAGCUCUGGCAGCUUCAACAGAGGGAUGAAACAGAUUCAGGAAACCUCAGAAGGUCCCAGAAACUGGAGGAGGAAGCUGCCAGUCUGAGGGAAAGAAUUCAGCACCUGGACAACAUGGUACACUGUCAACAGAGAAAAGUCAAGCAAAUGAUUGAAGAGAUAGAAAUCCUGAAGAGUAAAAUUGAACAGAAAGAUGUGACAAUUGAGGACUUAAUGGAAAGGAUUUCAUUUUUGGAAGCUGAGAAUAAAGAACUUCAGGACAAACUGGACUAUAUGAUGUCUUUGGGUCAACAUAAAACAGUGGAAACCAGUGAACAAGCAGUUUCAUGUGAUAUUCCCCUCAGGAUUACUCCGGUAAAAGGCAAGCAACAUGUGACCACUCCAUAUUUGAGGUUGAUGGAAUUAAGUGAACAGAGACAGACACACUGAAUGUGUUGCCUUUUUACAUUAUCCAUGUGAGUGGAGCUGCCCGACAGACACGCCUUUGGGCACUGAGGAGCUGGUGCUACUUUGAGCUGGUUCAACAUGAAUGUGAUUUCUUUACCAGUAAAGUGCAAUACCAUUUAAAUUAAAGGAUAAAAAGCCUCUAUACAAAUCAAUUAACUUCAGGCAGUCUCUAUUUUACAAGUGAGUUAAGUAAAAGAAAAACAGUAUUUAUUAUUGAUGUAUAUAUUUUGUAUUAUAAUGUGUUAUGCUUAUUUAGGAACUGUGUUAAUCUUAUAAAUAUGUAUAGAGAGAGCAUGAUAUUUAAUGAGAAAAAAGCAUAAAAUGAUCUUACAAAAUUAUUCUCCAGAUAUUGAUGUCCUAUAAAUAUGUACAGAUAAAUAAAGGAAGUUAAUGCCAUGUAAGCUACUGCACAUUGUCCAAUACUACAAUUAAAUGUGAUUAUCACAGCUAUGCCAGAGGACACUCCCCUCGUUCCUAUUAUAACUGAAUAUUAUAUAAUAUAUGAGCUUACAUUCUUCUUAGGGCCAUGAUAUGUAUGACUUAUUGUGCUGAAUUGUAAUUUCUACUGAAAUCUUUAUUAAUGGAAUAGAAAUGAAUUAGGUCAAUUUUGGGCCCAAGCAACGUCUUGAAAACUGGUUAAUUUGAAAUUUCAUAAUUUGCAUUCUGUCCAACAGCAGGGUAAGCAGAGAGGAGGAACCUAGAAAGGAGCAAGAAUGAAGUUUUGAUGGUCCAAAAUAUUUCAAAAUGCAGCUUUUGUGUAAAUAGUUGAGUGACUGAGCCCUGAAAUUCCUCCCUUCUUGGCUAGCAGCUCAAUUUGCUGAAGCAGGGGAUUUGGAGUUUAGGGAAGGGAAUACACUGAGUGUCAAGCCUUUUUCUGCUUGUACUAUAUUCCACUGGAUAUAGGAAGAGACUGUUAACUGUAACGGAGGUUGGACCCAUGACCAGCUGCCACCAACAGUAAAUAGGUUACAUUGAUACCCCAAACUGGCAUGUUACAGUUAAAAUAGACAUUUCUCAAUUCAGAUUAUAACAGGCUGGCAGUUUUCUUCAGAAUGGAUCAUGUAAAACAACACAGUUGUAUCAGUUUUGGAAGAAACCAAAUCCUGUGCAUGUUAUUCCAGUUUGUGUGCUGAUGUCACACUGCAUGCUUCAUUGGUCUGAUAGCAAAUUCUACAGCUGUAGAACAGUUAAUGAAAAUAAGGAAAUCUUUCCACCCUUCAUGUUGUUAUAUUUUCCAAAAAACAGGUGGACUAGCUGUUAAUGAAGGGUGGAAAACUCAACACAUUUACAUGUUGUAUAGGCAUCCAUUUCAUUGAUGAACACAUGCAGAAACUUCCCACCAAAUUCCUGAUGAAUCAGUACUAAUUAGGCAGCAAGAACAGGUGCACAUUAAAAUUUCCCACAAGCCGCUAAUAAAUCUGCAUUAAUUAACUGGUAGGAGUGAGGAUAGAUUCAUUCAAAGCAGUGGCAGGAGUUGGACAGAGUUUUCUCAUGAGAUUUUUGAUAACUUGGGGCCAUCGAGUUGGGCCAAUUUGCGAAACUACACUACAAACUUGCAAAUGCUGCUCAGGAUUUCAGAUGCCGGUUGGGACCUUGGAUCGCGAGGCUUUCUGGUCCCUGACUCCAGUCUGAUGGCAACAUGUAUAUGCAAGGCUAUUUCCGGGCACAAGUGUUAGAACUGGGCAAGAGUUGUGUAAGUGAGGAAAAGAGAAGCAAUCUGGGAGCCAGUCCCAUUUAAGGGCAAGGAGCAGAAAUGGCUGUAGGUGCUGUUUGUUAAGGUUAUAGAGGAUGAGGCCACAGCUGUGGUAAAGAAGGGCAUCCACCUGAUCACCUCACCCCCAGGUUUGAUUAACCCUUCAGGCCAUGCUGGGGGGUUUAACCACUUGCAGGAGCAUUUCCAGUUCCUGCCAUUUUUGGAGCACGAUCUUCCAACUUUGUCUUGAUCCGCACUAUGUCUUUCUUGUCCAGUGAUCCUCUGCAAUUUGCUGCUGCUGCUCAUUCCUCUUUCCUCCCACAGGCACCGAGGAUUGUCUCACUUUCUGUCUUACUUGCUGGGGGCUGCUGUAAGCCUUUGGGCUGAUGCUGACUAUAGUCCCUACACUGGAGCCACCUCUUCCUUCAUGUGGGUUACUAAUGUCACAUCAAUCCUGAACCCCCAUUCAGUCAAAGAUCAGACAGUGCCUCUGGAGAGAGCUGGUAAUGAGC